AUGGAAGACGACGAGCAGCAGAGCAAGCGCACGAAGAAUACCAACAGCCCUGACCAUGGAUUACAAAAUGAAAGGCCCUCGGAGAACCCUGAACCAAGCAAAACUCUCGAUACAGUUUCCGAACUCCUGGAUUUCCAUGACAGCCCCCCACAUACGAUGUAUACUGAGGAUGGACAUCCGUCAGCAAUUCUUAACUACAUUCAUGAUCGCUUGCAGAAGCAGUUAGAGCAUAAUGGAAUUGGAGAAAGGACAUCGGGCAAGUACAGGAAAUUGCUAUUCUCGAAGCGUUCAGACAUCAGUCAAAACAUGCACAAAGCUUUGAGACCAGAGGUGAUGGACCUGUUUGAAGCCAAGGAGCUCUACGAUAUCUCCAGGCUUUACCCGCUGCGCAUAUGUGAAGAAGCUUCUGCUCCUUCGCGUGCAGGUAUAUACCUACAUGCGAUAGUGUCACCGACUGAAGUCCGUUUCUACAUUGGGCAGACAUCGUCGCUGAGCAACAGAAUUAAGAACCACAAUACCCCGAGCAGAUGGAACAGUGAAACACUGCACUACCAAGUCCUUCAAGAUGCCCGAGACAACAACUGGUUAGACUUUUUCGUUGUCCUGGCCGACUUCGAUAUGCCUAACGACCAGUCUUCAAAUGAGGAUAGGCUUACGAUCAAUAUGUUAGAAAUGUGGAUGAGCACGGUCUUUCAGUCUCUUCCACCUAAACUGUUGGACGACUGGCUACCGAAGACUGUGGCCAGACGAUCAUGCCUAGGUCUCAAUCUUUCACUUCCGCUCUCGCAGGGUCAUAUAGAUGCUGCGAAGGAGUGGAUCCAUUUCAAAGACUCCAAGGAUCCCAUGCUCCAAGAGUAUUACACAUGGAGGGUGUCACAAGCACUACGAAACUUGGAAGCUGUUCGGUUCUGGCGAGGCAAUCUUGCGAGGCAGAGAGCCUUGCAUGGCGAACCUGCAAUUGUCACUACCUACAAAAAUACGAACAACAAGGGGUCAAAGUUUGUUCGAAAGGUCAUCAAACUGCGCGAUAUUCACCUCACCAUCCCCCCAACCCUAGAUGUGGAUCCCUCCACAGCCAAAGUCCUAUAUGACCUUAGGACUGAUGCACAUCCACAGCGAGCGGCGAAACGAAGCCUGCCAACAGAUCCUGCUAUGUGUUUGGGCAUCAAACUGACAGCAAAAACAUCACACGGUACCGUGAUCACGCACUGGCUACGGGCUGACGGCGACAAGAAUGUUCUACGGAUGAACAGCCUUUGUGACUGGCUUAUGGGGAUUCCAAAGGCAACAACAGAGGUCACCCCACGUCGCUUCUACAUCAAGAAGCCUGCGAAAGGGCGCGCAGAACAAUUUUACACCUAA